GGAACGAGGACGUAGAGGAAGCCCCAUCAAGCCCGGUGAGUCUCUGUUGGUGCUGCGCGUUACUACACACCGCGGGAACGGUCUACUGUCUUCGGGUGUCUACUAUAUUCGGGCUACCAAGUACCGACGCUGUGCCUACUCAGCGUGCUGUGUGGAACCCAGCAGCAUAAGCAGCAGCAGCCAGAGAAGCUAAAGCAACCGGACUCGACAGACCUGGUCGAAGGUUCGUUCAGUCUACUCCGCGCAACCAAACGGUCCAGACCUACCUACUACCUACUACUACCUAUCUACCUACCUGUACUCACUAACACAUCAGCCUGUGUUGUCUCUGAGAACACUCUUCUCACCACUCACGUUAUCCACUGGAUUUAACACCUCAACUGUGAUCAUCAGUCACCAUCAAACCAACCUGGAUACACCAACACUGCUUCACCACUUGGACUAAUUCACUACCAAGGUAGCAGCAAUUGUUGUCUCGGUUGUACUGGAUCCUUGAAGUUGUUAAAUCUUACUGUAGAGUAUACACUGAGUGAGAUCACUCGGACAACAAGGUGUAAGACAAGACGAUUAAAAAUAAACGUCGCUAACAGUCAGCCGGGGAAUAAGAAGGAGUCACUUUGGCUGUUACAACAACUGAGAGGCAUACACGGUGUUUACUUAACGGGAGAAGAGGACAACCAUACUAGAGAUAUAUCAGCCAUAAGGAGAGAGGGAUAUUCGCGUGAAUAAGACUACAUACACGCUUACAUACACAGACUACAUUUACGGACUACAUACUCACCCAGAGAGAAAGAGAGAGAAGGCGCGAUUUGUGUCGAGACGAGGAGGAGAGCCACCAGAGUCUGAGUAUAUUGAGUCUAUAGAACCGAGGGAGCGGUGGGAAUUUAUAAGGAUGUUCGCGAUAAUGCCGAUGGAGACAGAGGGGCACGGCAGGGAGUUCGGCCGCCGGCAGAAGAUGCGCGCCAAGUGCACCGUCGAGUUCGUCUGCAAGUACUGCCAGCGGCGAUUCACUAAGCCCUACAACCUCAUGAUACACGAGCGCAGUCAUAAGGACGACGUGACCUUCACCUGCGAGGUCUGCGGAAAGUCCUUCAAGAGGCAGGACAACCUUAAACAGCACAGAUGUGGGUGGCGGUGAGCGGGAGCUCUGAAACCCCCUGCACCUUAUUACACGAUAAACAAACAAUAGACAUAAUAGACAAACAACAACAAAAAAAAAAUUAAAACACUUGCACCGAAAAAAAAAAAAAAUUAGAAUUCCUUGUUCCAAAGCCGCCUCCUGAAGUAAAAAAUCGUUCACUGAAACUCCCAGAUUGUUUUUGGUCAGACGGAAAAUCCAUUAUAUUAUAAAGAGACAAUAAUAUAAAUCUAACUGUAACUAAAAAACGUUUUUAAGAAAAAACCCAACGAAAAGCCCGCUUUGAACCCGUCCCGCGCUAGACAAAAGGAGGACAAAGUAAAAGUGAAAACCUUCCAAGGAAACGUGACCGUUUGUUGUCUGUCAACUCAGCAUGCUACACUCUCCUCAUACUGAGAGUACAUUAAACAACAAAAAGAACUAAAUCAAUGGCUCCUUUUUUAUUUAUAACUAAGAAUCAGCUGCUAACACCAAAACGAAAAAAAAAAAUAUCAAAUAUAAAUGCAUGCUUAACAUAUAUAGUCUGGAUUAUAAUGCUAGAGAGAACACACGGCAGCGAAUAAGACAAUCCUUAUAUGAAAAAACUAUUUUCCUGACUUCUAUUCAAAAAUUAUAGAGACGAAAGUAGAUCCUCAUCCUUUCUAUUUCGGUGAAUCUGUUCCAGGAGCAUACAUUCCGUUUCUUACAAGGGCUCCAACGGCUACGCAAACGGCUAUUCGAAUGGCUACUCUAGGUACUAGACGCCAUCCAGAUCUGAGAUCCUCUAGAACCUUUUUUUUUUAUUUUUAUAACUAUUUGUAGAUUAUUGUAUUUGCAAUCCAAUCCUUAACCCCUAUCAUACCCAACCUAGUGCGAAACCCGAGAAGAGAUGCCAGACGUAGACGAUAUGUGACAACAAGAUAGGAUGACUAAGAAGACUGGAUUACAUUUACUUCACUUGAUCCUUUUUUUACACCCUGUAUCACUAUUUUUGGUUAUUUUUAGCCACUUUUAUUUUGGGCCUUAUUUUAAAAAUUGGGCCUCAUGCUUUGAAAUUGGGCCUAGUGCCCAAAAUUUAAUUUUGGGAUACAUUAAUUUAAAAUCUAGAUAAAAAAUUUGAUUUUUCAUUAAAAAAAUACACUGGGUCUUAUGGGACCAAUUGGGUCUAAUAUUCUGAAUCGGGAAUUAAAAUUAAAAUUAUAUAAAAAUUAAUUAGUAGGUAUCAAGACAUUAAACUUGGACCUCACGCCCUAAUUAUUAGGCAUCAGGCCCAAAUAUUGGAUUUUAUUAGCCAUUAACUUGGUUAAGUAUCACAAUUUAUUGCCAAAAAAUAUCAGUAAUUGUAGUCGUAAAUACUGGGACUUAAAAUUGGGCCCAGGUAUUUGGGUCUGAAAUAACCAAAUCAGUGGUUUCCUCCUCCUAAUUCCGGUCUCAAUUCCAUAAUAUUAAAAAGGACGACAUAAAUUAACAACAACAAUAACAACAAUUAUCACGACGACGAGAAA